CUGUUUUCGGUCAUUCCAUGGAUAAAUUUUAUUUAAUUAAAUAAAUAAUUUCUAAUUUGUAAUAAUAUUUUUUCCCCGGCCUCUGAUUGAAAGUCGAUACUGGCUAUAGUUCUUCGAUCCCAACAAAUAGAGCAUAUAUUCAUCGAAUAAUAACAAAAUUAUCAUCAUAUCUUAAUUAAUUUAUUAGAUCGAUCUAUAGAAGAAGAGAUCGAAAUGUCCGGCGGGGUUGGGCCAUGCAGCGACAUACGUCUCCCCAAGGAAGAGGCGGUAACGACGGACGACACUAGCAGCAGCGGCAGCCGGGGAAAUAAUAAUGAUAUAAAUUCUGUUUCGAAGCGGCCGCCGCCACGUCACGGCGGCAGGGGGUCGUUCACGUUCCGGCAGCUGAAUGCCCUGGCCGUGAUGGUCGUCCUCUCGGCCAGCGGGAUGGUGAGCAUGGAAGAUUUCGCGUUUGUGCUCUUCUCCAUUGUGUAUAUCUAUUUCAUCUCAAAGGUGGCCUUCCCCCGGUCAACGCCGCCUUUGGAGGAUCCGGUGUUCGACCAAACUAACCGGACCCUCGGCCUCUACGUCUUCGCCGGAGCUGCCAUCGGCUUGUUUCUCCCCAUCGCCUAUGUUUUUGAAGGUAUAUUUGAAGGAGACAAGGAGGGGAUCAAGGCGGCAGCGCCGCACGUGUUCCUAUUGGCGAGCCAGGUGUUCAUGGAGGGGGUGGCCAUGACGGACCGGUUCUCGAUCCCGGUCCGGGUUUUUGUUCCG